AUGAUUUGUUUUUCUAUGGAGAAUAAAUUUUCAUGGACUGAAGAGUAUAAAAGAACAUGGGAAGAAGUGGAUAACAAAAUUAUUAAGAAAGACUUUAAAAUAUUGCAAAAAUUUAAUAAUAAAAGAAAAGCUGUUAUAAGACACUUAUUGGUUGUUAUUGAUGUUUCAUUCGCUAUAGAAAAAAACGAUUAUUUACCCAAUUUACGAUCUUUUAUUGGACAAAAUUUAGAGUACUUUGAGAGUGAUUUCUAUUUCACUAAUCCUCUUUCUACACUCUCUUUUUUAACUUUUAAUGAUACGUUUGUGAAUUUCUUUAAAGAACCUUCUAAAAAUUUGUUAAACAUCAUUGGAGAGAAAGACUUUUCUUUUUUAAGUGCAAUCAAGACUUGUAUUAGAAUGUUAAAAAAUAGUAGCUUUCAGAAGGAGGUGCUUUUUAUUAUAAGUUCAAUAGGAUCUAGGGAUACAGACACUGUUAAUAGUGUAAUUCAAGAAUUAAAAGAUGCGCAUAUAAAGAUAAGUAUUAUAAGUUUGUGUGGUGAAGUUUCUGUGUUUAAACGUAUUACUGAAAUCACUAAUGGAAAAUUUUUUGUUCCUGAAGAUGCUAUACAUUUCAGAACAAUUUUACAUUUUUUUACUUUCCCAAUUGAGAACACAAAUACAAAAAUUAAACUAAUGAAAUUAGGAUUUCCGGAAAAGUCUUUGGAUAAUCAAAUUUGUACAUGUCAUUCAUCAUUUAAUACUAAAUUAUAUAGAUGUCCAACAUGUGAUGCCGCUAUAUGUAAUAUUCCCAUGGAAUGUCCUGUUUGUGAAUUACAUUUAGUUUCACCUACUAACGUAUUUAAAAGCUAUUAUUUCAUGUCUCCGUUAAAAUCUUUUAUAAAGCUAGAAGAGAAAAACAACUCUAAAUGUUUGAUUUGUAAUAAUUUAGCAAUGUUUAAAUGUGAUGUUUGUAAUGGCUGUUAUUGUAGUGAUUGUGAUUAUCAAAUUCACUCUGACUUAAAUUUUUGUCCUAAUUGUAAAUAA